AUGCCGGCUCAUCGAUCGAAGCAGGAUGCAGCACCAAAGCAGGUGCGGCGGGACCCAUAUGAAGUCCUUGGCGUCUCCAGGAACUCCACUGACCAGGAAAUCAAGUCCGCCUACCGUAAAAUGGCUCUCAAAUACCACCCUGACAAAAAUGCAAAUGAUCCUGAAGCAGCUGAUAUGUUUAAAGAGGUUACAUUUUCCUAUAAUAUAUUGUCUGAUCCAGACAAGAGACGCCAAUAUGACUCAGCUGGUUUUGAGGCUGUUGAAUCAGAAAGUCAAGAACUUGAACUAGAUCUUUCAAGCUUGGGAGCUGUGAAUACUAUGUUUGCGGCACUCUUUAGGCAAACCACUGUAUCAGCAACAGUCUUGGAGGAGGCGCUUAAUGGUGUGGUUGAUAUUCGUGCACUUCCACUUGGGGAACCUAUUUCUAGGAAGGUUGAAAAGCAAUGUGCUCACUUCUAUUCUGUCACAAUAACAGAAGAGGAGGCAAGGGCUGGAUUUGUUUGUCGAGUGCAAUCAUCUGACAAGAGCAAGUUUAAGCAACGAAUUAGAACUUUUGGUUUCGUUAUGAGGCUGGAAAUAUGGUCCUUGAUACUAUUUGAUAAAAAUGGAGAAUUAGGGAUCAGAGAAGUGUCAGAAAAGGAUAUGGGAGAAGCCAAGAACAUUAAUUUAUUGUAUUUUGAUCAUGAGGAAAGUGGUGGAUUGAGCCUUGCUCUACAGGAGGACAGUGCUAAAACAGGAAAGGUUACAUCUGCUGGAAUGUACUUUCUAUGUUUUCCUGUUUACCGGCUGGAUCAAACCGUCAACUUGAUUGCAGCCGCAAAAGAUGCUGAUGCUGCCUUCUUCAAAAAGUUGGAUGGGUUUCAGCCAUGUGAAAUAACUGAACUGAAGGCUGGCACCCAUGUUUUUGGUGUCUAUGGUGACAAUUUUUUUAAAAGUGCAAGUUAUUCAAUAGAAGCUCUUUGUGCUGCACCUUUUAUGGAAGAAAAGGCUAAUCUUAGAGCUGUUGAAGCUGAGAUUCUUGCAAAGAGGGUAGAAAUAUCUAAGUUUGAAACUGAAUAUAGAGAGGUAUUGGCACAAUUUACCGAGAUGACCAGUAGAUAUGCACAAGAGAUGCAAGCGAUUGAUGAGCUUCUUAGACAAAGGAAUGAAAUUCAUGCCUCCUACACCACUGCUCCGCCAAUGAAGCGGAGUUCAAGUAAAAACAGGAAUAAGGGGGCCCCUUCAGGGAGACCAGAGAAGAUGCACAAGUGA